AUGAAGCCCUCUACAGGAUUCGUCAAGAAGCCAGCCGUCACGGGGAGACGUCCAUUCUCUGCUCUCGAAGAAGACGACGAUGACGAUUCAAUACAGCAACAACCGAAACGAAAGCUUCCACCAUUAACAUCAACUUCAACACACACUACUCAGCAGCAAAGUAUCAAAUCAUCUAGUAACGCAUACGAUCCAGCUUCAAAUACCAUGGAUCAAGAUGACGACGAUGACGACGAUUGGAAGGUUGACAAGAAACCCACUAUAAACCAACACUUUGUCAAAGCCGGAUCCACGACUGCUAGACCAUCUAUAUUUUCCUCAGAACGCUCUCCAUCUGCAAAUCCACCUCCAGCAGCAGCAGCCGAUGACGACGAAGAUGAUCUAGACGCAUUCAUGGCUGGUAUAGAUCAGCAAGUAAAACAGGAAGCUAGUCUACCGAAAAGACAAACGCAACAACAGCAGAUAAUGAGCUUUGAUGAUGACGAUAAUGUAGAAGAUUAUAUCAAGUUUAUGAAGUCAAAGGGGCUUGAAGUUGGCAAGAGUGGAGUUGAGAGUGGUCCUCGACCUGAUGAUGACGAUUCAGAUGAUGAGGUGUAUAGAGCUGCUGCUGCGAUCGAUGCAGCCAAUGAAGAUCCGAGUAUGGCACGUGUUGAUGCUCUUACAGGUGAUAAACGCAAAGACAUUGAACCCCUCCCACAAGUCGACCAUUCCAAGAUCGAAUACCCUGAACUCGAAAAGAAUUUCUACGAACCUCAUGCCGAUAUAGCAUCUCUAACACCUGAUAAAGUUCGUGAAAUACGAGCACAAUUCGAUGUCGUGGUAACAGGUCCAGAUCACGCUUCAAAGCUGUAUUAUCCAUGUAUCUCAUUUGGGCACUUUGGAUUUGACGAAUCAUUGAUUUCAGCAAUUGCCAAACAUGGAUAUACAGAACCAACCGGCAUUCAAAGACAAGCGGUACCACUUGCAUUGUCUGGUAAAGACCUCAUAGGUAUUGCCAAGACCGGGUCUGGAAAAACAGCUGCAUUUAUAUGGCCGAUGCUUGUACAUAUCAUGGAUCAAGAUGAAUUAGAUGUUGAUGAUGGACCCAUUGGACUGAUUCUCGCUCCAACUCGAGAACUAGCUCAUCAAAUAUACACAGAGACCAAGAAGUUCGCCAAAGUUUAUAACCUGAAUGUGUCUGUGAUUUAUGGUGGUGCUUCGAAAGCAGAACAAUUCAAGGAACUUCGAAAAGGCGGAAUUGAAAUUAUUGUUGCUACUCCGGGACGAUUGAUAGAUAUGAUCAAGAUGAAGGCUACGAAUUUAAGGAGGGUGUCAUACUUGGUUUUGGAUGAAGCCGAUCGAAUGUUUGACUUAGGAUUCGAACCACAAGUCAGAUCUAUCUGUAAUAGUAUACGGCCUGAUCGACAAACACUCCUAUUUAGUGCUACGUUCCCUCGCAAAAUCGAAUACCUAGCUCGUGACGUCUUGACAGAACCACUAAAAGUAAUUGUAGGAGGUGUUGGUGUGGUCAAUACGGACGUGACCCAAAUAAUCCAAGUUCUUCCUGACGACUCCUACAAAUGGGAUUGGCUCGUAAAACAGUUGCCCAGAUUCAUAAGCGAAGGAGGAUCGACACUAGUAUUCGUCGGACGCAAAGCGGGUACCGAUGCUCUGUAUCUCAACCUAAAAGACAUGGGCUUCAAAUGUGGAGCACUACACGGAGACCUGCAACAAAUCGAAAGAGAUACCGUCAUUGCCGACUUUAAAGCAUCUCGCAUAAAUGUGCUUGUAUGUACAGAUGUGGCUGCUCGAGGUCUAGAUAUCAAGUCUGUUAAAAAUGUAGUGAAUUAUGAUUCUGCCAAAGAUUUGGACUCUCAUGUACAUCGUAUCGGAAGAACUGGCAGAGCUGGUGAAAAGGGGACUGCGUACAGUCUGGUCACCAGUAGUGAAGAUAAAUUUGCUGGGGAUUUGGUGCGUUCUCUUGAAGAUAGUAACGUGAGGGUGCCUGAUGAUUUGAUGGCGUUGGCUAUGAAGAAUGUGAGGUUCAAGCAGUCUAGGUCGUAUGGUGGUGGAAGAGGCGGAAGAGGCGGAAGAGGUGGGUUUCGUGGGGGUAGAGGCAGAGGUCGUGGUGGUGGAAGAGGAUCAGGCAGAGGCCAAUCUUCUGGAGGUCGUGGUGGUGGCGGAGGAUCAAGUAAUCCUAAUAUGGUGCCUUUGGGAUUUGUCAAAGCGUCACAUCAAUAG